AUGUCCUCCGCCGCCUGCAUCUUCUGCAAGAUCAUUAAGGGCGACAUCCCUUCGCUCAAGCUGUUCGAGAGCGACAAGGUCUUUGCCUUCCUCGACAUCCAGCCGCUGAGCCGUGGACAUGCGCUCGUCAUCCCCAAAUUCCAUGGCGCCAAGCUGACCGAUAUUCCUGACGAGGACCUGCUGGAGAUCCUGCCCGUCGCCAAGAAAAUCGCCCAAGCAAGCGGCACCGUGGACUUCAAUGUCCUACAGAAUAACGGCCGCAUUGCGCACCAGGUGGUUGACCAUGUUCAUUUCCAUAUGAUCCCCAAGCCGAACGAGAAGGAAGGUCUGACUAUUGGGUGGCCAACUCAGGAGACCGAUAUGGAGAAGUUGAAGGCGUUGCACGCGGAGAUUAAGGCGAAGAUGUGA